AUGACCGAACUCAAGGUUGGUGACAGCUUCCCAAGCGACGUCAAGUUCAGCUACGUCCCAUAUACCGCCGACAAGGGCGAUAUUACAUCGUGCGGGAUCCCAAUUACCUACGAUGCCAGCAAAGAAUGGGCCGACAAGAAGGUUGUACUUUUCUCCGUUCCCGGCGCCUUCACCCCUGGCUGCAGCGCAAAGCACCUCCCCGGUUACAUUGAGAACUUGAGCAAGUUGAAAAGCAAGGGCGUGGAUGUCGUGGCCACUAUCGCGUUCAAUGAUGCGUGGGUUAUGAGCGCAUGGGGCAAGGCCAAUGGUAUCAAGGGCGAUGAUAUUCUCUUCCUCUCCGAUUCCGACGCAGAAUUUUCCAAGAAGCUUGGCUGGACACAAGGGGAGCGUACGGCCCGCUACGCACUAGUCAUCGACCAUGGCAAGAUCACAUACGCAGAGAAAGAGCCUGGUCGUGAGGUCACUGUUUCUAGCGCCGAGGCCGUCUUGUCUAAGCUUUAA